AUGUCCAAUCCCAGUAAGGCAGAACUCAUUCACAUGUUUAAGGGGAUUCCCUUUACCACCAGGUCUUCUCCAGAACUUUUAAAAUCCUUGGAUACUUUUGAUGCUAGAGAAGAUGAUGUCCUUUUGGUCUCCUAUCCCAAAUCUGGUACUCACUGGCUUGCAGGAGUUCUAACAAAGCUUUACAAUACUCAAGUUACACUAACAUCUCCCAUUGAAUUUGGAGACAUUUCCAAACUGGAGGAGCUGAAUAAACUCUCAUCAAAGAGAAUCAUCCCAACACACUUAGACUACAACAUGCUACCUCCAAAUUUUAAGAAUAAAAAAUGCAAGAUGAUCUACAUCAGCAGAAAUCCAAAAGAUACUGCAGUUUCCAUGUAUCAUUACUACAGAGAUAACCCAAACCUUCCCACUAUAGACACCUGGACUGCUUUCUUAGACUUGUUCUUAAAAGGAGAUGUUGUCUGUGGAUCCUGGUUUGAUCAUUUCCUAAGUUGGGAAGAACAUGAAAAUGACAAAAACAUCCUGUUUUUGUUCUAUGAAGACAUGAAGAAGGAUCUCCCUAAGACUGUAAAGGAAAUUAGUUUGUUCCUGGGUUUAAAUGUCAGUGACAAUGAUAUCCAAGACAUCUGCAAGAAGUCCUCAUUCUCAGAGAUGAAAAGUGACACAGAGAAGGAGAACAACGAUCCCAGUCACACUGUUUGUGCGCUGACAUCCAACAGGAAGCUGAUUUUCCGAAAAGGUGCUGUUGGCGAUUGGAAGAACUAUUUCACUCCAAAACAGAAUCGAAGGUUUGAGGAGGUAUUCAACGAGAAAAUGAAACUCAGCAAAAUGGCAAAAAGUCUUACCUAUGAAUUUUGA